AUGGGGAGCGUAGCGACGGAGAAUGGAGCGGCGGGUGCGGCGGAGGAGCAGAUGGAUGCGGUGCAGCAGCGACUCAUGUUCGACGACGAGUGUAUUCUCGUAGAUGAAAAUGACAAGGUGGUGGGUCACGCCAAUAAGUACACUUGCCACAUUAUGGAGAACAUCAAUAAAGGCACAGCACGCCACCGUGCCUUCAGCGUCUUCCUUUUCGACUCCCAGCACCGCCUGCUGCUCCAGCAACGUGCAGCAUGCAAGGUGACGUUUCCCCUGGUGUGGACCAACACGUGCUGCAGUCACCCGCUGUACCGUCCAGAGGAGAUGGAGGAGGCGAACGCGCAGGGAGUGCGCGUGGCGGCGCGGCGCAAGCUGGAGGACGAACUGGGGAUCGACCCGGACACGGUGGAUGUGUCGGCCUUCACGUGCCUUGGCCGCAUGCACUACAAGGCUCCUUCUGAUGGGAAAUGGGGCGAGCAUGAGAUUGACUACCUCCUCGUACUCAAGGCUGACUUGAAGGCCACUCCUAACCCUAACGAGGUGGCUGCUGUAAGAUUUGUGGAUCGCGACGAGUUGAAGGAGCUGGUGCGCAAGGCUGACAAAAAGGAGGAUGGAGUGGUGCUGUCGCCGUGGUUCCGACUUGUAGUGGACCGGUUCCUGCCUGCCUGGUGGGACCACCUAGAUGCAGGCACACUUGAGGAGCGCGUCGUAUUCAGCGUGAGUGCCAUGGCGGACUGGGAUCUGGACCCUGCCGCGUUGUUCGGCGACAAGGACGGCGACGAUGACGAAAUCCCUCAAUAUUAUUCUGACGGGAAGGAGCUGGUGGUGUUCCUCAUAGAUGCGGGGCCGGACAUCUCGCUGGUGGGCGACCUGAAGACGAGGAUCAUCUCUCGGGAAAGCGACCUCGUCUCGGUCGCAUUUUUCGACACGCGUGCGAAGAAGAACGUGCAAUCGGCGGAGGGCGUGUUUGUGUUCCAGGACAACCAGCAGACCUCAGCUCAGCUCAUUCGAGACCUUUCCAGCCUUCCAGAGACGUUUGAGAAAGACAUUGGGUCGGGCAACUGGCUGAGGGGGAAGGUGAAGCCCCACGACAACCCAAUCUCAAACGCCCUAUGGGUCGUUCAAGGUCUUCUACGCACGGGCUCCACGUCACAGGAAGUGGUGAAGAACGUGCUUCUCUUUACCAAUGAUGAUGAUCCCUUUGGGGCGAUCACCACCGAGGGAGUGAGGAGCGACAUGCGCCGCACCACCAUACAGAAGGCCAAGGAUGCACGGGAACUGGGCAUUGCGUUUGACCUCUUUCCUCUCAGCCGCCCAGGGGAGAAGUUCAACGCCAACAUCUUCUAUGCGGACAUGCUAGGCUUUGAUGAUUCACAACGAGCGGGCUUCCAACCAGAGGAGAUCAGGCUUAGCGACCUGCAGCAGCGCCUGCGCAAGAAGGUGUACCGAAAGCGAAUGGUGAAGCGAGUCAUGUUCGCCGUGGUGCCUCACCUCCACAUCGCCCUCUCCUCCUACGCUCUCAUCCGCCCUGCCAAGAUCCAGAAGCAAGUGUAUGUGAGGGCCGUGGACAAUCGCACAGUGAAGGUAGAGACGGCCCUGGUGUGUCAAGACACAGGAGCAGUGCUGCACGGCCCGUUGCCGCGCUACCAGCCCAUGCCUGGCGGCUCGCGCAUCAUCAUGGCGAAGGCAGAGGUGGACCAGGUGAAGGCGGUGUGCACUCACGACCUGCUGCUGCUGGGCUUUAAGCCCCUCCACUGCCUCAAGGACUACCACAACCUGCAGCCGCCCACCUUCCUCUUCCCAGACGAGGAGACCCUCUCGGGCAGCACUGCAGCGUUCAUAGCCCUGCACAACGCAAUGCUGGAUGCAAAUAGCUUUGCUUUGGCGUGUUGGGCCAAGAUCGGCAUGCCACGCCUCGUUGCCAUCCUUCCCCAGCAAGAGCAGGUGGACGAGAGUGGCACGCAGGUGCAGCCGGUAGGGUGGCACAUGAUUCCUCUUCCCUUUUAUGACGACAUUCGACCAGCAGAGAAGUACGCCCAUUGGGUGCCAGGCCACGGUGCAAAGGACGUUGGGGGGGACGGGGAGCAGGAGGGCAGAGGAGGGGAGGUGGUAUCUGCACCGAGGGCGAAUGCAGAGCAGGUGGCAACUGCCACAACGCUCAUGCGCUACAUGCACCUCAAAGAGUUUAGCCCACUCAACAUUCUCAAUCCUGUCAUUCAGACGCACUACUCCAUGCUGGAGGCCAUUGCGCUGGACCUGCCAGAGGUGGAGCCAGUGGUAGACACCACCCUGCCGGACCACUCCAUCUUUCAGCCGCCUCAGACCGACACCAACCAACCCCCGAGAAAAGGGAAAGCUGCUCGUGCAACUGCGGCUUUAAGGCAUUUCAAGGAUGCAGUGUAUGGCGCGGGUCAUGAAGAGGAGGAGGCAGAGAAAGCCGCUGCAGCUCGAGCCAAGGCAGAUGCUGCUGAGAAGAAACGCAAGGCUACUUUCGACGCCGCUACUGCUAAGGCUGGUGUUGUGGAUUGGCGAGGCCUCGCUGAGAAAGGAAAGCUGGACACUUUGACAAACGAGGAGCUGAAGGGAUAUCUCAGAAUGCACAACCUUCCCCUUACAGGUCGGAAGGCAGAACUAGUGGAACGCAUUAAAGAACAUCUGGACCAGUCAUAA